AUGACGACACUAGAUCCAUCGUCGAUGGCUGCGCUAUCCCACAUGAUCGCGGAAGCCCUAAAAACAGCCAUCGGAUCAGCGGCAGGGGAAGCACGCCAAGAUGCAACACCCUCGACGUCACGGGCACCGUCAUUUUCUCAUCCAGCUUAUCGCACCACCGAAGGGACCGUCUGCGACUAUUUCGACCGAAUGGAAUGGGCCCUGCAGCUGAACGGUAUCCCUACCGAAAAGUACGCCGAUUACGCGAGAGUCCACAUGGGAGCCGAGUUAAACAACGCGCUAAAGUUCCUGAUUGCACCGAAGCUACCGCAAGAGAUUCUGUACAAGGAUCUCCGGAAAACGCUCGAAACGCAUUUUGACAAACAGCGCAAUAAGUUUGUCGAAAGCAUCAAGUUCCGGCAAAUUACGCAGCAGCAAGGGGAAAGCAUCGCAAAAUUCACACUACGCCUGAAGCAGGGAGCUGCUCAUUGUGAUUACGGAGAGUUCUUGGACCGCAUGCUCAUCGAACAAUUGCUACACGGACUAGUGGAACGUGGUAUUUGCGAUGAGAUUAUCGCAAAGAAUCCAGUAACAUUUAAAGAUGCAUGUGAGAUCGCCAGCACGCUGGAAGCAACACACAACACCGCGCAGGAGGUUAACGCAGGGAUGCCGUCCGUCGAAUCAACGAAUAAGUUGGGUUACGAGCAGCCGAAGACAAAGAAGACACCUGCAUCUCGUGCUACGUCGAAGCCCAGCAAGUCAACGCGGCGAGAAACGUCCCAAGGUAAACCAACACAAGGUACAACAAAUCCAGACGAUGAUUUCAAGCACGUCCUUACGCUAAACACUGUUACACAUGGUCUCAUCCGACCGACCAGAGCAGUGUAUGGAGCCGCCAAUAUCCCAGCAAUAUGGCAAAGGCGUAUGGAAAGCGUUCUGCAAGACCUAAACAACGUGGUCAAUUUUUACGACGACAUAAUCGUAGCCGCAGCCAAUUUCGACAACCUGCUCGAAACCCUCAAAGGUACACUACAGAAACUGAAAGAUAACGGACUCCGGCUUAACCGAGCGAAAUGUGUAUUUGCUGUUCCUUCGUUAGAGUUUCUUGGUCACAAGAUCGAUCGCCAUGGGUUGCACAAAUCCGACAAACACAUUGCCGCAAUCCGUGAUGCUCCUCGUCCAAACACCCCGAAAGAGCUGCAGCUAUUUUUAGGCAAAGCUACCUAUUACAGUUCGUUCAUUCCGAACCUUUCAACACGAGCUCGUAGCUUACGUGAUUUGCUCACAGCACAGAUAUUCGAAUGGAAUGACGACGCGGAUGAAGCCUACCAAGAUAUUAAGGAAGCGCUAAUCUCACCGCAAGUCUUGGUACAAUACGAUCCUACACUUCCCGUCAUCUUAGCCACGGAUGCCAGCAAAACCGGUUUGGGAGCCGUACUAUCACACCGAUUGUCUGACGGAACGGAACGCCCCAUAGCUUAUGCUAGCUGCACGAUGUCCAAAACAGAGCAAAAGUAUCCUCAGAUAGACAAAGAGGCGUUAGCAAUCGUGUGGGCAGUGAAAAAGUUCUUUCACUAUUUGUAUGCACUUAAAUUUACUUUAGUGACGGACCAUAAACCGCUAACACAAAUUCUACACCCCGAGAAAUCCCUUCCAACGUUGUGUAUUAGCAGAAUGGCGAAUUAUGCUGACUACUUGGCACACUUCAACUUCGAUGUUGUAUUCAAGCCUACGAAUCUCAACACGAACGCUGACUACUAUUCGAGAAUCCCGAACAAUUCUAAUGUCAACCAAUUCAAAGACGAGGGAAGAAGCUCAGGCGACGAUUUUGAACAAUUUGCGCAUGUCCAAAUCGAACAACUGCCAGUAAGAGCAGAGCACAUUGCUCGAGAAACACGCAAAGAUCCUCACCUAGGAAAAAUCCUUCAACACCUUGAGCAAGGUCAAAACCUCGGACAAUAUGGAUACAAAGCACCCGAAUCGAAGUACACACUCGCAGCCAACUGUUUACUCUUUGAGCACCAAGUAGUCAUACCAAGCACACUACGUCAAGCCAUUCUUAACGAUUUGCACGUGGCACACUUCGGCAUCGUUAUGAUGAAAGCCUUAGCCCGAUCAUAUGUCUACUGGCCCGGCAUCGACGCCGAUAUAGAGAAAACAGCUAAGGAGUGUCACGCAUGUGCUCGUUAUAGACCAACACCUCCCAGGUUCGACAGCCAUCACUGGGAGUAUCCGAGUGCUCCCUGGGAGCGCAUCCAUAUUGACUUCGCUGGUCCCGUAUGCAACACUAUGCUGUUAAUUGUUGUCAACGCUUUUAGUAAAUGGGUCGAAGUCAAGCCCACAAACACUAUAACUUCAGCAGCAACAAUUAAAAUUCUAGACGAACUCUUUGCAACGUAUGGAGUACCGAUCACCGUAGUAUCCGAUAACGGUACUCAGUUCACCGCAAAGGAGUUUAAAGAGUUCCUGCAAAAGAGUGGAGUCAAAUAUCACAAACUCACCGCACCUUACCACCCAGCAACCAAUGGACAAGCCGAACGUUAUGUCCAAACGGUGAAAAAUGGUCUCAAAGCUAUGGGAACAACAAGCGCUAACCUCACACGCAACUUAAACACAUUCCUACAGCAUUUCCGUAAAACUCCACACGCCGAGACGAAAGACUCUACAGCCAAACUGUUUCUUGGACGAAACAUUCGUACUCGACUCGACCUCGUGAGACCACAAGCUGUUCACGCCAGUGUCUCCGAAAGACAAAAAGCCCAGUUCCGGCCUGCGUUUCGAACUUUGCCACCUGGACAGUCCGUCUACAUACUAUCAGGCAACACGCGCAUGGACAAGUGGAUUCCGGCUACCAUCUUCGCCCGAUUGGGAGACCUACAUUACGAUGUGUUGUACAACGGUCAACAUUUGAAGCGGCACAUUGAUCAAAUUCGACGGUUUGAAAUGAAGACCAACGAUGACGAAGAAAGUUCUUCAGCGGCAAUCUCACCACCGGUUGCAACGACUACCACAUCGACACCACUAGCUGUAUCUUCAAGUACCGCUACUAGAAGGCUUCGUUUCUAUGGCCACGCAGCACCGUCAGCCCCAGCAGAACCAGAGCAGGUCGUAACAGCUGAUAACGAUUUGGAGGAUGAGACCUUCUCAACACCACCUUCCAGCCCACAACCACCAGGAAACGUGUCAACAACUUUGCGUCGUUCGACCAGACUCCGGCAGCCUCCCAAGAAAUUUUUUCCCUAG